GUUUUUAGACAGAGCCCCAGCCAGUGUGCGCACCUGUGUGUGUGUGUACGUGUGUGUGACAUCACAUGGUAUCCAGAGGAGAUAGUCUCUAAACUUCUCCAGCAGCUGUGUCACUAGAUCACCGGUCUUUAAUACCAGCAUUUUUAACGCUUGCCCUGUGCACUGAUUGAUUUUUUCCAGCAUUCCCUCUGCAAAUGGAUUUUUCCACUGCAGCUCAGCAGAGGGUGUCAGAUCUUUCAGAGUGCACCAGGCUGGAACGAACAGAGCCUCUUAGCAACUGACUGGUUCCCUCAGACACACUCACACACAUUCUCAUAGACAUAGACACGCACACAGCAGCAGUGUGGAUGGUAAUCCGGAGCCUGAAGAAAAAGCUGAAAAACGCAGCGAUUGCGGAAAUUUCGCAGCGCCAUUGGCUCGACGUGCAGUGCUAGGCUGGGGCGUGAUUUCAGCACCAUCAAGCUGUGGACAGCGCACACUGACGAUGAGCGUUACCUACAGCAGAAUAGAAGCAGCAGCAGCUGAAUAGAAAAAUCCUAAAUCAAGGCAUAAGGAGGCUGCUGGAGAGGAACCUUCCCCAGCAUCUUAUCUCCCUGUCUGGCUGGCUGCAGCAUGGCGUGGCCGAGGACUGGCACAGGGCACAGCACACUUUGUGAAGCCUGAUUCUGCAACCUUUGGAUGUUUACUGCUGCAUACCUGCUCCAUUCUACGUGACUCUAAUCUGUGGAUCUAUUGUUGACUGGAGUCUGGGAUUACUGCAGUGGAGGAGACAAGGGGAGAGCCGGCAUCUUCAGAUCAGGUAUUUUAUUGCUGCUUUCCUUUAGCUGCUGAGUAACUGAGAUCUCUGUUGGAGAUGGAUUGUUAACACAUUGCGAUGAGAUCGGGAAUGCAUUGCUCUGAUUAAAAAUGCUGCUUUGGAUUCUGCUGCUGGAGAUAUCUCUUUGUUUGGCCGCUGGAAACGUUACAAGAGACGUUUGUAAAGAAAGGGUUUGUUCUUGUAACGAGGUAGAAGGGGAUCUGCACGUAGACUGUGAAAAGAAGGGAUUCACCAACCUCCAGCAUUUCUCUGCUCCCACUUCCCAGUUCUAUCAUCUCUUUUUACAUGGCAAUUCCUUAACAAGGCUUUUCCCUAAUGAAUUUGCUAACUUUUACAAUGCAGUCAGCCUUCACAUGGAGAACAAUGGCUUGCAUGAGAUUGUCCCUGGUGCUUUUUUGGGCUUGCAACUGGUAAAACGCCUGCACAUUAAUAACAACAAGAUCAAAUCGUUCAGAAGACACACGUUCCUGGGACUGGAUGAUCUGGAAUAUCUCCAAGCAGAUUUUAACCUGUUAAGGGACAUUGACCCAGGAGCAUUUAGGGACUUGAACAAGUUAGAGGUGUUAAUCCUAAAUGACAACCUCAUUAGCACCUUACCUACUAAUGUGUUCCAGUAUGUGCCAAUCACACACCUGGAUCUCCGGGGAAACAGAGUUAAGACCUUACCCUAUGAGGGGGUCUUGGAACAGAUCCCAGGUAUAGCUGAAAUUCUUCUGGAGGAUAACCCUUGGGACUGCAGUUGUGAUCUGUUAUCUCUAAAGGAGUGGCUAGAAAAUAUUCCAAAGAAUGCAUUGAUUGGUAGGGUUAUUUGUGAAGCCCCCACUAGAUUGCAGGGCAAUGAUUUAAAUGAGACCUCAGAGCAAGAGCUGUGCCCCUUAAAAAAUGCAGUUGAUUCUAGUCUAGCUGCUCCUCCUGCCCAGGAUGAGACCUGUGAUCCUGGUCCAAUCCCAACCCCCUUUAAAGUCAAUGGCCAAGAUGACUCUGCUACCCAGGGUUCCUCGGUAAGUGGAGGAACCAAGAUACCAGGCAACUGGCAGCUAAAAACGCGACCCACAGCUGUUGUGUCAGAGACAAAUUCCAAUGAUAAACCAAAUCACACCAUUGUGUGUCCAGCUGCCUGCAGUUGCGGUAAGCAAAUUAUUGGCACUGGAUUAAAAGUAGACUGCAGUAACAAAAAUGUCAAGAGUCUCUCUGAUUUGGAACCCAAACCAACCAAUGUUCAGGAAUUAUUCCUGCGAGAGAAUAAAAUCCACACCAUAAAAAAAUCCAACUUUCUGGAUUAUGUGAAUUUAACCUUACUGGAUUUAGGAAAUAACAACAUAGGCAUGGUAGAAAAUAAUACCUUUCAGAACUUGACUGAUCUAAGAUGGCUGUACAUGGAUAAAAACUGCAUAGAUACCCUUACCCCGGAUAAAUUCACUGGCUUGCAGAGCUUGGAGUAUCUCAACCUGGAAUUUAACUUUAUUCAGCUGAUUCUGCCAAACACAUUCAAUCCUAUGCCCAACCUCAGGAUUCUUAUCCUCAACAACAACCUUCUUAAGUCUCUACCUGUGGAUGUGUUUGCCGGUGUCAGUCUUUCCAAAUUAAGUCUUCACAAUAAUUACUUUAUGUACCUUCCAGUGGCAGGGGUAUUGGAUCAGCUCACCUCUAUCAUACAGAUAGAUCUACAUGGCAACCAGUGGGACUGCUCUUGCAAUAAUGUGCCUUUCAAACAAUGGGCAGAACGACUUAGCCCCGAGGUAAUUGUAAGUGAUCUCAAAUGUUAUUUCCCAGAAGAAUUCUGGGGGAAAGACUUCAGAUUUCUUUCUAAUGACAUGAUGUGUCCACUGCUGUAUGCAAAAAUCUCCCCCACUCUAAAUGCUCUUAAUAAAAAUAGCACUGGCCUUGCAGAGACCAAUACUCAUCCCAAUUCCUACCUAGAAACCAGCCGGGUAUCUAUUUCUGUGCUAGUACCAGGGCUCUUGUUGGUGUUUGUUACCUCUGCCUUCACAGUAGUUGGCAUGCUCGUAUUUAUCCUUAGAAACAGGAAAAGAUCGAAGAGAAGGGAUGCCAACUCUUCUGCUUCAGAAAUCAAUUCCUUGCAGACAGUAUGCGAUUCUUCUUACUGGCAUAAUGGCCCCUACAAUGCAGAUGGCACUCAUAGAGUAUACGAUUGUGGGUCUCAUUCACUGUCAGACUAGAUGUGCUAGAUUGGGAAAGUGUGGGGGUGGGAGGAGGGUUUAUUAAAGGCAAAUAAAUACUGCAACCUGGAGCUGUCACAUAUUCCAAACACAAAGAACACAAAAAUAUUGUGCAAUGCUGUAACAUUCGCUACAAUUGUGCCAUUUCCAUGAAUAGAAUUUGUUUCAAUGCUACCUUAUUGUGAAGCAACACUGAUGUCCAUGAAUAAUCCAAACAUUGGGUAAAAGACGCAUCCGGUACCAGUAAGCCAGCUGUGCUACCUGAGAAGUUGAUGGGGUAACCAGCCAUUUCUUGAGUGGGGGUUGUGUUCCAGAAGGAUCAAGGCUGGAGUAAUGGGAGGCUACUUAUCGUGCAUCAUCUGUUCCUACUGUGUUGGUGCAGAAGUGGGAACAUUGCACGAAGGCAUGAAUGUAAUGUAAAUAAGUGACUAGUGAAACUAAGUGCUGCAUGGCUCGCAUGGAUACAACGUACCCCUGGGGCGCUCAAGUGAACUGGAGAUCAAGUCUGAGCCACCCUUAAGUCUCUUCUUCUCCAAAUCUCUCUAUACAGUCUCGGUAUAAAGUGCCAUUGCUCUAUCUUUUGUAAUGGAUAACACAGAACAGACCAUAAGUUUACUGUGGAAAAAAAAAGAGAAUAAUAAUAAUUGUACUGUUUUAUUUAAUACUGUAUGUGUUUGCAUGAAUAGUUCCAUUAUUCCUUGAUUUUCUUUCUUUUUUUAUUUUUUAUUUUAUGCAAACUACCCAACGUUCAUUUACAUACAGUAUCUACAUAUGCAUUUCCAUUCUGAAUGUACAAUGGUUAUCGGUUGUUGUUAUUAUUAUUAUUAUUAUAAUUAUUAUUUUUUAUUAUGGUUACAGUGUAAACAUUCAAAGGAAAUCCGAUGCAGAUGAGCAUGACGAGUUAUUGUCGUUCUAAUGCUUAGGGUGGAGAAAAUAAUCAACCUAAAAAUAAUGAUGGAGGGUAUUAUGACAAAAAAAAAAAAAAAAAAGAAAGGAUAAUGUUGAAAAUUCAGUAUAUUCAAAAAUUUUAUAAUGGCAUAUUUUUCAGUAUUAAAGUGAAAUGUUUCCAAAUAUAAUUUGUCACUGAAUUCCUGUGUAAAUGGAGGUAUUGUGAAUUGGCUUUGGGGGUGGUAGGUGGUUAAUGCUGAUGCUCGAGGAUGCAUGUAUUUUUGAUGUGCCACCUAAUCCUUCGGUAAAUUAGAAGUCAGUUUGGGCGAUGCAGAUGCAGCAUUGUCUGAUAUUCAUGUAAUUGACUCGCCAUAGAGCAGACUCAUUAAGCUGAUUCCAGAUUUGAAUCGUCAGCAUUUCGAGCCCAGAUGCAGCACAAAUGACUGACAGUCUUGUCUGCAGACAAUUUAGCAUCAGCUUCUGGAGGAAAUUUGAAAACUAAUUAGUGGAAGAACAAUCCCAACGGAUUUUAACAUUGCAACAGAAUGUAUGAAUAAAUCGGUCUGCGAUCAAUCCCAUCUCGGUUAUCUUGAUACAAUGAAUUUUAUACCCCAUAGGCAAUGCACUAUAGAUCACAUAUACGCAUACAGUAUGUUUUUGUUUUAAGAACAGCUUGUGGUUGGCUAUUGAGAUUGAGUCUUGAAUUACCGAGGCUUGUUGGUUUUAUUGCAGUGGUUUCCUACUAUAUGGUUUAACAUGAAAUUGCAUUUUGAAGGCAUUGCAUGCAUCCAGUGUUGUCAGACAUCUAUAUAAUACUGUAAAUGUGUCGAGCACACCUACAAUAGAUACAUCCUAUUGAUUAGCUAAUAAAUGACAUGGAUGCAGCUUCUGAUUUCAGACAUGGGAGGAACUGAUGCAAUCAUUUGACUACCCAAGCAAUGUAUUAGACAUUUAGUUAUGGGUAUCUAAGUGAUA